AUGGGAUCCCUGAGCCCAGCCAAAAUUGUCCUUCCAAACAAUGACCUUGAGCAACAAACAAUAACAACAACUCUAGAGAUUGAAACCAAGGACUUUGACUACUCAAAAAGAUCUCAAUGGCUACGUGCUGCUGUUUUGGGAGCCAAUGAUGGGUUGGUCUCAACAGCAUCUCUUAUGAUGGGUGUUGGAGCAGUCAAACAGGACAUUAAGGCCAUGAUCUUAACUGGCUUUGCAGGGUUGGUGGCAGGAGCAUGUAGUAUGGCCAUAGGGGAGUUUGUGUCUGUGUAUUCACAAUUGGACAUAGAGGUUGCUCAAAUGAAGAGAGAGAAAGAAAGGGAGCAUGGUGGUGGAGAACGUGAAGAUGCUAAUGAUGAAGAGAAAGAGAGUUUGCCAAACCCUUUACAAGCUGCAGCAGCCUCAGCUUUAGCCUUUUCUGUUGGUGCAAUAGUGCCAUUGCUUGCAGCUUCUUUUAUAAGGGAAUAUAAGGUGAGGCUUGGUGUGAUUGUGGCUGCUGUAAGCUUUGCUUUGGUUGUGUUUGGUUGGUUAGGUGCUGUGUUGGGCAAGGCUCCAGUAUUGAGGUCUUCUGUGAGGGUCUUGCUUGGGGGUUGGAUGGCCAUGGCCAUUACUUUUGGGCUAACAAAGUUGAUUGGAUCAAGUGGACUUAAUUAGUUCUCUUUGUAAAGCUUGUUUUGCAUGUAUGUCAUGUUAAUUAAGGAUCUAUAUAUUCUCUCUUUUUGUUUUGUAACUUAUUCAUAUUCUAUCUACUUUCUCUUCCUGUUGUGGCCCUUAAUUUUGUUUUGUUUUUUUUCUAAAUAUAAUGAGAUGAAACGAGUUGAAUAAAUUUUGGUAAUUAACACAGAAAGAGGGUAAGAUGGUUCAAAAAGCCUUUUGGAAUUUGUACACAUGUAAUUCUCUUUAGUAUGAUGAUUAAUAAAGAUUGAUCUUUUUCAUUUGAUGUGGUGGGUGGAGAUAUAAUCAUAUAGUUUUUGGUGAGUCUUUUCUUUUGGGUGAGUAAAGAUAUAAUCAUAUUUGAAUUGGUGUAGUUUGAUAAUUGAUAGAGGAAAGAAUAAAAAAUAGAUGAAAAUUAUUAACAAGUUCUAAAAUUAAAUAAUGAUAUGCGGAACUUUUUAUUUAAUUUUUUUAACGUAUUUUUAAUACAAGUUAUUUAAUGCCGAAGAAUAUAUCUAUAUGUCAUUGCCUGAUUUGAAAAUUUUAUGAUAAAAAUAUAAGAAAUUUGAUAUAAGUUUUAUUUUAGAAAAAAAUUGUACUCAGAUAAGAAAUAUUGACUCUGUAGAGAAGAGAAAAAGUGAUGAGCCAUUUCUAGCAACAUAAAAUAAUUCAGAAUAAUUUGAACUUGUUAGAAGUUUAUGGGAGAUUUGUAAGGAUUGUGAAGUUAUCACACAUGAAACACUUCAAGAAAGGGAAAACUUUUAAAGCUUGCAUAGAGCCAUAAAUAGAACACGACUAGGCCCCAACUUAACAAUGAAACUCUUCAUGGUCCAUGGGUCAACCUCACUUAGGUGAGUUAUGGGUGAAUUAGAUGAAAAUUAAUUUAACCUAAUUUCCAUUCUUUUGAAUUUUUUUACCCAGUUUACUUAAUUUGUGGGUUAAAUUAGGCUAAUUUGCAGUGAGUUGGGCUAACUCAAGAUUUUUUUAUAGCUAAUUAAUAUUUAAAAUUUAAACAAAACAAAAUCUUACUUAAGUGAUACUGAAUCAGUUACUACUCAGACUAAUUUCUAUUAGUAUAUCUUAUAUAUUUUAAUUCAUCAUGAAUUUUAUUCAUACUUACUGAUUGUACAAUUUUUGUGAAAACAUAUUUUGUUAAC